AUGAGUCAAAACAAAGUUAAGUUAGUAUUAAUUGAGAAUAAAUCUGUAUCUCUGUCUAACAAUAAUGUUGAAACAACUAGAGUUUUAGAGACAAACACAAAACAGGAUUUAGUAAAUUGUUUGAUUAGUGAAGCUAAAAGGAGGAAUGAGUUAGUUGGUUUAGAAAAUUUAGUGUCUUUUGAUAAUAGUAGUAGAGUAGACCAAGCUUUCGCUAAUAUUUUUGGUAAUGUGUUGUUCAAUAGUAAUAGUUUGAGUUUUAAAAUAGAUAAUGAUUUGUCAUCCUAG